AAAAGACCAUUUUUUUUUUUUUGAAAGACCAAAAGACCAUAUUUUGCAUACUCAAUAAUACUGUUGUUAGCAAUUUAUGUAUUUUUCUUCAAUAUUUUACUUUAAUUCCAGCAUUUUCCAAAAUCAUCUGAUAAAUAUGACCGUUUUUUUUUAUAACCUGCAUUUUAAAAUUUUGGAGGGAAUAAUAAAGAUGGAAGAAUUAGGGCCCAGAACUUUAUAUACUAUUUGGGCCCCCAAAAUGAAAGAAAUUAUUGAGCUUAAUUUCCCCAAAUUUUCUCUCUCCUCGUUUCUCUGCAACUUUUUCUGCUGGUGAAUGGUGUUGGAGAAUCAUGAUUAAUGGAGAAGACGAGCUUAUUACUUAAGCUUGUGAUGCAAGGUAUCCUUGUAUUCGGAAGAUUUGCUAUCUUUUAUGGUACUCCGUGCUGCCAAUAGAGAUGGGGUGGAUCCUGUAGCUCAGAGAAUUUCAGCAUGUAUGAAAUAUAAGUGAUAUUGUGCCUGAAAUAUGGCUGUGCGAACUCGUGAGAAUUAGAAGUUACCAAACUUAAGACCUCAUUAAAAACUACCAUUGUAACUUUGUAUUAGUAAUAGAUGGAGGUGAAAACAGAAAGAAGUAGACCGAUUGCAGCCUUUAUGGCCUUUGGCACAAAGGGCGAUGUCUACCCUAUUGCUGCUGUAGCUGCAGUUUUUGCUUGUGAUCAACGAAAGUAUGAAGUGAUUUUCAUCAGUCACUCUGCCCAUGAGGACUUAGCUGCAAACUUGGCUGUAAGUAAUAUAAGAUACAUCCCAGUUUCUUUUCUACCUGUUCUUCCACCUCCAGAAAGUUGUGAGAAUGAUAAGUCUCUCGCUCUGUCAUUCUGUAGUGAGAAAAACAUGGUAACAAGGGAACAUAGGCGGGAGUGUCUUACUAUCAUGGAAAGGAUCUAUGGAGAUGGCCCGAGCAUGGAAGGUGAUUUUGUUUUGAUCAAUUUUUUCGCUUUGGACGGAUGGAGUCUUGCUGAACUGUUUCAUGUUCGGUGUGUUGUUGCAGCUCCUUAUGUCGUAAAUUACACUGCUCCUACUUCAUUUCAGAGGCAGUUCAGGCGAGAACUUCCACUUCUUUACCAAUACCUGAUAGAAGCUCCUGAUAAUAAGCUUGGCUGGAAAGAUGUAAUUCAUUGGAUGUGGCCACUAUUUACUGAAGAUUGGGGAUCAUGGAGGAACAAUGAAUUGAAUCUUAGCCCUUUGCCUUUUACAGACCCAGUGACGGGUCUUCCUAUGUGGCAUGAAAGGCCGUCGUCUCCCUUACUGCUGUAUGGAUUCAGCAGAGAGGUUGUUGAGUGUCCUGAUUAUUGGCCUUCAAAUUCUCGGGUUUCUGGGUUUUGGUUUCUCCCUUCCCAGUGGCAGUUUUCAUGCAGCAGCUGCAGCAAUAUGAUUGAUUCAGGAGGGGAACUCUGUUCAACUCAUACAGGGCUACAAAGCUUUCUUGAUGCUAAUCUAUCUAUGCCAAUUGUUUUCAUAGGUCUGAGCUCAGUUGGUAAUUUGGGUUUCUUGAGGAAUCCUAGAGCAUUCCUUUGCAUCUUACAAGCUGCUGUAGAGAUCACCAAGUGUAGAUUCUUCCUUCUGACAGCUGGAUAUGAACCACUGGAUGUGGCUGUUCAAAAUUUUGCUGCUGAAGUGGAUUCAUCAAUAUUAAGUCAAAGUAUCAGUUUAAACUAUGGGAUCUCUUUGUGCAAUGACCGUUUAUUUUGCUUCUCGGGCUCUAUUCCCUACAAUUGGCUCUUUCAAAAAUGUGCAAUUGCAAUCCAUCACGGAGGAAGUGGAUCCACAGCAGCAGCACUGACAGCUGGAAUACCUCAAGUUGUAUGCCCUUUUAUGCUAGAUCAAUUUUACUGGGCUGAAAGGAUGUUCUGGCUUGGAGUAGCUCCUGAACCCUUGCAAAGAAAUAUAUUGCUUCCCGAAAAUUGUGAUGAUGUGAACAUCAGGGAAGGUGCUUAUGCUUUGAAGAAUGCUAUAAAUUGUGCUAUGAGUCCUGACAUAAAAGCACAAGCUCUGGAGAUUUCAGAGAAAAUUUCUCAGGAGAAUGGAGUCUCAGAGGCUGUCAGAAUUCUCACCGAAGAAAUAGCUAAGGGCAGUACUGAAGCUGCCGCCGCUUUAGUAUAAUACACAGAUAGAGAGAUAAAUAGAUACAAGAGGAAACUCACAUUGACGAAGCAAUCAUGGAAGAGCAAGCGAAGAAGUUUCCCUGGAACAGUCGGAUCAGUAGAAGCAGCUGA